ACACACACAGUUAAAACCCGGACGGAUGACUUCACUAUUCCACCUGGGUUUCCUUUAUGAUCGCGGGAUCUCCCCAUCCUACAGCAGACACGCACAACCACACACCGCUCACACACCGCUCACACACACUCCGCGCUCUUCCUCCAGCUGAUUCCCACCAGGACGCACUGACUUCAUUUUCGCGCGCGCUCGAGUAGACCUGUCCUGAUCCACUCUGUUUCGGGGAUAUUUCGAGGAUUUGCCAAUUAUACUUGGAUCAACUCCGACCCUGUCGUCUGUUACUCAGCUCGAACUUCAGUGUUAUCAUGUCCGAGGUUUUGCCGUAUAACGAGGGGAAGAUGAGCGGCUAUGGAACAGACAACGACGUCAGUCAGAUGUCCUUCAGUUGCGGGCUGCAGGACACGAGCUCGUUUUUCGGGGCGUCGCAGGCAAAAAGACCCCCAAAACUCGGCCAGAUAGGCAGAGCGAAAAGAGUGGUCAUCGAGGACGACCGAAUAGACGAGGUCUUAAAGGGAAUGACGGACAAAACGUCACCAGGCGUCUAAAGCUCCAGCGACGACUCGCAGACAUUUACUUUUUAAAACAUGACCGGUUUGAAGCAGUGGUCGAAUGUGCGUGAAUAAGAGGAGGAUGGAGAGACACGACACGCUGAAAACACGCGACAGAAUGCUAGAGAGAGAGAGAGAGAGAGAGAUGGCGACGACGACAUUCACUCGCCGGACAUUCUACAUGACGAAAAGCCGAUUUAUAUUAUAAAAAAAACAAACAAAUAAAUAAAUAAACGCAUCGCUGCGCUGAAAGUCAUCGCCGCCGCCGCCGCGUGUUCUUCAUGCGGCUCCAUUAACGACCUCCGCCGCCGUUGCCGCCGCUUUCCACAGUGGACGGACUUUGCCAUUUCUUCACGACCAUUUCCUUCCAAAAGAAAAAAAAAAACAAAAGAAAAAGAAAAAUGCGCCGAAUAAGCGUUGACCUUCGAGCGAGCAAGGACAAAGCACACGAGCUUUAUAACGUACUUGUACAGUAUCUAAAAAGACUUGUCUUUUAGCCUGUAGCCAAUACGCGCUUUAAAAAUAAAGGAAAAGCGACGGGUGUGAACAGAAAGACCACCUGCGCCCCUGCUCCCAGUGUAGAGCGCAUUCUAGCUGCUACUAGAGCUGUUUAUAAUCUAACACACACACACACACACACACACAUCAGAACAUAUGAAAAUCAAGAUUUUCACGAGGUGCGAUGUUAAUAUCUGUAUUUACUCUUCAUUUGAAAUGAUUCAUGAUGGUUUAGAUGUAGAACCUUCGUAGACACUUCGUGGUUAUUAGAGAACACUAGUAUUGCUGCUCGAUGUUCGUGGUGAUGGCGCGCGCGCGCUCCAUGAGCCGUGCAUUACUUUCACACUCAAAAUGACGCCACACCAGAUAAUAGCGUGUAGAAAAAAAUCACCCCGAUGUAAUAAAACCUCUGCAAGCAAGUUGCAUUUUAAAAAAAGACAAGAGAUUUGUUGUUCCAAAAAAUUUGAAAGUUCCUUUUUUUUUGCAUGAAUUUUUACCUUUAGUGCCAAUGCAGUUGACGUCAUAACUUUUAUGCCGUAUUCACAUUACUGCGGAAAAUCAACGUAGCGCAUGAUUUACUGAGUCCAGCACUAUAUUUGGAGCUGAGUCUAGUUGUAUGUUCAGGUUUUAUAGAUAUGGGGUGCGGGGGAAAGGGAAGGGCAACACUACAUUAAGGGGUAGCACCAUUUUUAUGUAGCUAUAAAAACAUUGAAGUUGUUUGGUGCAAAAUCAAUGGCCAUGUAAUGAAAUUACUGUAUUGGCCUUAAAGCUGUUGUAGAGUUUAAUACAGAAACACUUGGUUGAAAAGCCUACACCUUAAUAAUGAUCACUUAAAUUAACAAAAGCUAGAUAUGGUUCAUUCUGCAUGAAAUAUGUAAGAAGCACAGAUUUUUAUGAGAUGGGAUUGAAGGUCAGAAAUGGUGUGGCAUGAUUUAUUUGAAGGAUGGUAGGUGCUACAGCCAGUGCCACCUAUUUGACCUUCUAUUUGGCCACAGUGCAAAAGGGUUUCCACAUUUAAGACUAAUAUUAUUGAGGAAACUACAGUAAGGCUAUAAGUAUACAGACGAAUAUAUUUUUAAACUAACCUUACAGUUUGAUAUGAGGUUUAAUACCAUAAUGUAUCCAAAGGUUGUGUGUUAUUAUAAAGUUUAAGCAUAGCACAGCAGGAUUAUAGCAUACAUUAAAACUUUGUUAUUGCACAGUAUCAGCACAGU